AGAAACCCAAGUCUGAGCGGUAAAAACCCGGGAAACUACAUAGAAAAGCAGCAGCCGCAGGACAGGAGAAGGGGUGAAAAGAAAGAAAAAGAGAGGGGGAAGAGUUAAAGCUAAGCGAGGAGAAAGGCUGCAGUAAGCAGAGGAAGAGGCGUCCCAAUCCCACGGUGCCUCGACCUCGACCUCGACCGCCUCCCGGGCUCCCACGCCCACCCAUCCCCACCACCGGCUCCUUGCUGCUGCGCUCCACCCUCCGCCGCGGAGCCCUAGGCGGAGCUGCGGAUCCCGAGAUCCCCGGCGUCGCCGCCCCGGAGCUCGCCGCCGGCGGCGGGCGCGGCCCCCCUCAUGCCUUUGGCGCCCCGAUCGGAGCCGACGACCGGUGGCCGCCUGAGGAGGCACAGCAGCUCGGCGGGCGCCGGCCGAGAGGCGGCGGCAGCGGGGGCGGAGGAGGAGCAGGAGGAGGGGGAGGGCGAGGAGGAUGGCGCUCUUCCGCAAGUUCUUCCUCAAGAAGACCCCGGAUCGGCUGCUCGAGAUCUCCGACCGCGUCUACGUGUUCGACUGCUGCUUCUCGACUGAUUCCAUGGGUGAGGAUGAGUACCGGGAUUACUUGAGCGGCAUUGUUGCGCAGUUGCAGGAAUUUUUUCCGGACGCAUCAUUUAUGGUAUCCAAUUUUUGGUCUGGGGACAAAAGAAGCCGAAUUUCAGACAUAUUAUCUGAGUAUGACAUGACAGUAAUGGACUACCCACAACAGUAUGAAGGGUGUCCAUUGCUUCAGCUUGAGAUGAUCCACCAUUUCUUGAAAUCAUGUGAAAAUUGGCUAUCGGUGGAAGGUCAGCAUAAUAUGCUUUUGAUGCAUUGUGAGAGAGGGGGUUGGCCAGUUCUUGCAUUCAUGUUGGCUGGACUGCUUUUGUAUCGCAAAACAUACACUGGUGAGCAGAAGACACUAGAAAUGGUCUAUAAGCAGGCUCGAAGGGACUUUAUACAACAGUUUUUUCCCUUGAAUCCUCAGCCUUCACAUUUGAGAUAUUUGCACUAUAUAACAAGACAAGGAGGUGGUUCAGAAUGGCCUCCUAUUAGCAGACCCCUCAUCUUGGAUUCAGUAGUUCUCCAUGUUGUUCCACGGUUUGACGUAGAUGGUGGUUGUAGGCCAUAUUUGCGUGUGCAUGGGCAAGACUCAAGCCCCGGUAACAAGAGUGCAAAAGUCCUUUAUGAGAUGCCAAAAACAAGCAAGCAUCUUCCACAUUAUGGACAGGCAGAAGUCCCUAUAAAACUAAGUGUGUUUUGCCGUGUUUAUGGAGAUGUGGUCCUUGAAUUCAUCCAUAUUGGCGAUAAUAUAGAGCAUAAGGAAACAAUGUUCCGCAUCAUGUUCAACACUGCAUUCGUUCAAUCAAACAUCCUUGCGCUGAAUCGUGAUGAUAUUGAUGUUGCUUGGAAUGUGAAUAAUCAGUUCCCAAGGGACUUCCGGGCUGAGGUACAUUUUUCGGACCCUGAUUCAUUCAAACCUGCUGCUACCGUCGAGGAGAUAGCUGAUGAUGGAGAUGAGACUGAUGUUGCUUCGGUAGACACAGGAGAGGAGUUUUAUGAAGCAGAGGAGGAUUGGCAUGAUGCUAGAAAAGACCAAGAAACUCGAUCAACUGAUGGUGGAAUAUCAUUAGAUGACGUUGCAGAUGGUGGGGUGGCAACUGAAGAAAGGAGCAGCCUAGAAAAGCACCAAUUCAAUGAGGGUGUGAAGAUUGGUGUCUCCCAGAAUUUAGGUAGCAUGAAUGAGAAAGGGGCAAGUGCACCUACCCCAACUUUUGACAACCAGGAAGGUUUGCAGCAGCCUCGUGAAGUUCUUGCAAAUGGUAAACUAAGCAGCACUAAUGGCCAAGAGAACAGUGAUGUGCAUGAUAUACAGGUGGUUGCUACAUCUGUUGAUUCAGAGGGACACAAGUUUGGAUCUACCUGUCAGGAGGACAUGAAAGGUGUAAUUGCACAAACUUUAGUCACCACAGUUGAUCCAAGUUGCAGUGAUGAAAUUGAAUGCCAGGCUAAUGAACAAACAAAAAUAUCGGAAUACCCUGAUUUGGACUACACUGCUUUUGGUUCUCCUAGAAGUUUGUCACGUACAAAUGGUGAUACCCACUUGAGAACUACAAAAAAUGAAGGGUUGCAGAACGGUGAUAUCAAGAUUAUCACUGAGAACACAAUAAGUAUGGACAACGAUCUAGUGAUCUAUGAAGAGAAAACUAUAGUUGUCAAUGGUAACACUGUACAGGAAGUAAAGAAUAUUGUCAAUGAAAAGAGCAUUGCAGCCAAGAUAGACAAACCAAUUAUUGAGAGUAGGAACUCACUGAACAACAACAAUGGCAAGAUUCAAAUCGCUAAACCUUCUGAUACAUCUAAUGGCAAAUUGGAUGGGUGUAGAUUAGAAUCUUGCCUUGAGGAAGCCCUACCUACAAAGAAAACCACUGUCCAUGACAGGAUUGUUGUCUUACCAGCCACUGAUGUAGGAACUGAGAUAAAAACCAAGCAAGAGGGGCUUGGUGACAAGCAGGAUUUUGGUAUAGUUCUUCCUCAAAGUCGAACAGUAGCCAGGGCUAGGAGUCCAAGGCUUGAAAGUGAUGACCGAGGGCAAAUCCCUGAUAAAGCUGUGUCAUCAGUAUUGAAGAAGAUGGCAGUAGGCAAUGCAAAGAUGGAAGAGCAACCAAAGCUUGCCAAACCAAAAACAAUACGUAGAUGGAUCUCACCAAAGAAGGAAUCUGAUGCUACCUCUGUGCAUAGGCCAUCUCACCCUCCAUCUAGAUACGACAGUUCACCAGCUGCACUGGCUAUUCGAUCCAUGCCUACAGAUGUUAAGAUCAGUGCAGUAAAUGAUGCACCUUUAUUAUCAUUGAAACAACCAUAUGGCUGCAACUUUACACGAGAAGUAACAUCUGCACUGUCUGCUUCAUCGCCUCCACAACAAUCCUUGUUACCAGGUGCACAAAUUGCAUCAAGAAACCAGGUUUCACUACCUUCUUUGCCUCCACCUCCAACUAACUAUUCUUCAAGUUCUACGCCUAUGCACAGGGGUCUAGCUUCAACAUGUUUGCCAAACUUACCUCAAGGUGCAUCUCCACCUAGGUCGUCGGGAGCACAAAAACAGGCAUUUGCCCCUCCCCCUCCUCCCCCACCCCCACCUCCACCCCCGAGGUCGGGUGUUGGUGGAAAUACUCCACCUCCACCACCUCCUCCUCCUCCUCCUCCUCCUCCUCCUCCUCCAAGGAUAACAGGUGGUGGCAUUACCACACCUCCACCUCCACCUCCACCUCCACCUCCAAGGUUAAAUAACAAUGCAAUCGCUCCACCGCCACCACCUCCACCCCCAUCCACCAUAACACGAUCAAGUGCUCCUCCUCCUCCUCCACCACCACCACCACCAUCAAUGUCACGUUCUGCUCAUCCGCCACACCCCCCGCCACCACCAUCAUUGUAUUCUAAUGUCCCAUUGCCUCCUCUUUCAUGCACACUUUCUAGUCCACCUCCGCCCCCGCCGCCGCCACCACCUCCUCCUAUGGCACGUUCAGCAGCACCACCUCCCCCUCCCCCUCCCCCUCUUCCUGGCCGAGGAGCACCCCCACCCCCGCCCCAUCCACCUGGCCGAGGAGCACCCCCACCCCCGCCCCCUCCACCUGGCCGAGGAGCACCCCCUCCUCCCCCUCUUCCCUCUGGACGAGGAGCACCACCUCCACCACCUCCUCCCCCUGGUCGAGGAGCACCCCCACCCCCACCCCCACCUCUUGCUUCACGUGCAGGUCCACCACCACCUCCGCCUCCUCCAGGUGCUCGCUCUGGACCUCCACCUCCUCCGCCCCCUCCAGGUGCACGACCAGGAGCUCCACCACCACCACCUCCUCCAGGUUCACGGACAGGAGCUCCACCACCACCGCCUCCUCCAGGAGCUCCACCUCCCCCACCCCCACCUGGAGGUGGUGGAAGAGGACCUCCACCACCUCCUGCACCUAGAGGGCAUCUUGGUGGUCCUCCUCCACCUCCACCACCAAGUGGACGUGCACCAGGUGUGCCACCUCCACCUAGAGCACCAGGUGUGCCGCCACCACCAGGAAAUAAUCCAUCCUUAGGCAGAGGACGUGGGGCUGUACGCCCUCUGGGAUCAGCUUAUGGGGCUGCUGCCUCACGUAAGUCAACAUUGAAGCCAUUACACUGGGUUAAAGUGACAAGGGCCCUUCAAGGUAGUCUGUGGGAAGAAUUGCAGCGCAACGAUGACUCACAGAGUGUUUCAGAGUUUGAUAUAUCAGAACUUGAGAGCCUUUUUCCUGCAGCUGUUCCGAAGUCCGAUGACAGCUCAAAAUCUGAACGUAGAAAAUCACUUGGAUCAAAACCAGAAAAAGUGCACCUAAUUGAGUUGAGGAGGGCGAAUAACACAGAGAUCAUGCUAACAAAAGUUAAGAUGCCACUCUCGGAUUUGGUGAGUGCAGCUCUGGCGCUUGAUCAAUCUACCUUGGAUGUUGAUCAAGUGGAGAAUCUCAUAAAGUUCUGUCCUACAAAAGAAGAAAUGGAACUUCUCAAGAAUUACACCGGAGACAAACAAAAUCUUGGGAAAUGUGAACAGUUCUUCUUAGAAUUGAUGAAAGUGCCUAGAAUGGAGUCAAAACUGCGAGUAUUCUCCUUCAAGAUCCAGUUUGGUUCACAAGUUGCUGAUCUUAGAAGAAGCUUGAAUAUCAUCGACUCUUCAUGUAAUGAGAUCCGAACUUCUCUCAAGUUGAAAGAAAUAAUGAAGAAAAUCCUUCUCCUUGGGAAUACCCUGAACCAGGGAACUGCUAGAGGUGCUGCAGUUGGCUUCCGGUUGGACAGUCUUCUAAAACUUACAGAUACCCGGGCAACAAAUAAUAAGAUGACACUAAUGCACUACCUCUGCAAGGUACUUGCUGCAAGAUCUCCACAGCUUUUAAACUUCUAUGUGGAUCUUGUUAGCUUAGAUGCUGCAUCAAAGAUACAACUAAAAAUGUUGGCUGAGGAAAUGCAAGCAGUUAGUAAAGGGCUGGAAAAAGUUCACCUUGAGUAUGAUGCUUCAGAAAGGGAUGGUCCAGUAUCUGAAAUUUUUCGUGAGAAACUGAAAGAGUUCACCGACAAUGCUGGAGCUGAUGUGCAGUCGUUAUCUUCAUUGUUUUCUGAAGUGGGUAAAAAGGCUGAUGCGUUGAUUAAGUAUUUUGGUGAGGAUCCUGUUCGCUGCCCCUUUGAACAAGUAAUCUCUACCCUCUUAACAUUUGUAACAACAUUUCGAAAAGCACAUGAGGAGAACCUGAAGCAAGCUGAGCUUGAGAAGAAAAAAGCUGAAAAAGAGGCAGAAGCAGAGAAGGCCAAGAACGCACAAUUAACUGGCAAAAAUGACUCUAAACCAUCAAAUCCAAGACGGCAAGCUAAACAAACCUUAGAGAGGACAAGGUCUGCAAGCAGACGAGGAAGAGAUGUUGGGUGAUAACCCGAAUGGUCAGUAAUUUUCUGUGCUUCUGAUCUGCUCGCGAGGCUAAUGGACGACCGCUGGGCAAGAGAAGUUUCAUGGACGGACGCUGGCAUCCGUCGGGUGCAGCGCGAUCGCAUCAAAGAAAACUCUACAGGCCACCCUUCAACGGUCUCACUGGAGAAUGCCGACGUCUGUUUUUAUCCAUGUCGGCCAUCAGGGUCCAGUGCUAACUUCUGACUGCUGUAAAGAAUUGCUAACACUGACGCUAACUCCAUUCUUUCUUUUCUUUUUUCAUGUUACUUUUCCAUUCUUUCUAACAACGGUGGCCAAGUACAGCCAUGGCUUCGAAAAACUACCGCCUGGUGCUUAGGUGGAAAAUUGUAAAAAAUAGGCAUCUGGGUGAAAAAAAGGUAUGGAGAUAAUCUAGGUGGCAAAGAGUAUCAGGAGUAAAUAUGUGAUGCAAACUCAGCCAGUAGUUUAGCUGUAAAGUUUUGUAGUGAGUGUGUAUUGCCGCCACUUUGUAUUCUAUGAUCAUGAAGCAGUGAAGGCGGCGUUUUCUUUACGAUACGUAGUCAGAUAGCCUUGUCGGCUACGUGUCGCCUGUGUACGUGUGAUAUAUGUGCUGUCAAUUGCUGUUAUGAUUCAACCUUGAUAAAAUUAGGCAUGAUUCAAA